GGGAUCAGCUCCCUCCACGUGCGUCAGCCCUGCGGCCAACCGCCGUGCUCCCCGCCGGAGGGUCCUUGAACCCAAUCCUUCCUCAUCCUUCGUCACGAUACCCGAGGACCCACAAACGACCCUCGCUGCUCCUCCGACGCCUCUGCCGACGACGCCGCCGCCUCACGAAGAGGCCGAUUCCUCCUCCUCCUCCUCCUCCUCCCUGCGCCCUAUCCUGUCCGCUGCCUACGAUCCCUUCCUCCACCGACACGUCGAUGCGCGAGGCCUGCCCCGGAGCUUCACCUGCCCUCACCCGAUCCCAACGCGCCAUGGGACUGCGCUGCAGCCCUGGCCUCCUCGCAGAGACUCGCUGAUGAACGCGACAUCAGGGGUACGCUUUUAGCUUUUAUACACACACACAGAGACACACACACACACACACAAAUUCACCGGUCCAAACAAAAGAGAGCCGAGCCUGCUACUGCUUUCUUCUCCUUUCCUAAAGUCAGGCAAGGGGAGAGGAGUCGCAUAUAACAGGUGGUCGGUUGAUGGCACACACGCACACACAGAUACACAGACACACGGGAGAAGAGGCUUAGAUUAUAGCUGGCUGACCAACCCUGUCGUGACCCUUUUUUUCUAUAAAGACGCCGCCGCUGUUUCUGCGCGACAGCGUGAUCAAGUGCAAUACCAUGGACUCCAUCAACAUCGCAAUCAUAGGAGCCAAUGGCGUGGGCAAGUCGUCCUUCGUGCAGCGCGCGCUUAAGCUGCCACAGCCGCCAACCAGCGCCAUCAUCACCUUUAACUGGACCGAGGCCGAUGGCACCCAACACACGGUCCACACUUUCGAGGUGGACCUGGAGGGUUUCGACCUCGAGAUGAACGAGCCGAUUCGCUGGCCGAGGCAGGCCAAUGGCCAGAUGACCCCAAGGGUCGACGGCACCAUGGUCCUAUACGACGUGACGAGCAAAGAGAGCAUCAAGCUGUUACCCAAGACUUUCUCUUCUCUUUCCGUUAGCAACUAUACCUCCUUCCUCGUUGCGACCAAGUGCGAUGCUCCUGAGGAUGUCCGCGAGCUCGACACCGCCAGCGUCUCCGCCGCCUUCCCCUCCGUGAUGGCCAGUUUCUGCACUUCUGCGACCUCGCCGAACAGUCAGAGAGAGUGUCUACAGGCUAUGUUACGAACAGUUGUCGGUAGUCAUCGAAAAGGGGUUGAUAGGUCGGACACUGCCAGUCAACGCAGGCGUGCUGCUUCAGCCGCAAAUUUAGAACCUUUACCAGAUCCGCUAAACAAUGGCCGCCCCGAAUCCCAGCACAGCAAGCACAGCAGGGCAAGCUCUGACCUGUCGCUACUAAAGGGAUUCUCCUCGGGCUCGAAUGACAACUAUUAUAGGACCUCAUCCGCACGCCCGCCGCGCGCCUUCUCAGGAGGUAAUCUUGGGGAUGAGGUCCUGAACCCGCCGGUGUCGACCCAGCUUCGGCAGUCAGGCGUACGAUUAGACAUCGGCGACCCUUUUAAUGAAAUGGACGAAUCGGACGUCGACUCCUUCCGCACGUCGAUGACAGAAGACCUACCGAUACUGCAGCGAAGCGAUGAGAAUUUCAUGGAGCGACAGGCCAAGACCAUGGGCGUCACGUUUGAUGAUCUAGUCGACAGACUUCUCGCGCCGCGGAUGACAAGGGCAGACCAAAACUUUGCAGACGUCUUCCUCUGUCUCUAUCGUAAAUUCGCCAGACCUGGACACCUGUUCUCGGCCAUCCUCGCCAGGCUGGAGCGCGCCAAAGACGACAAGACAGCACACUAUCUGAUCAAGAAGGGCACGCAGAUGCGCAUCAUCGAGGUCGUAGCCAAAUGGGUUUCACUCUACCCCGGCGACUUUGCCCGGCCCCAGACGAAGAAGACGCUCGAGCGCUUUAUAGCACACCUGGCAACCGAGCCGGCUUUCCUCGCAGCUGCGAGCAUGAUGAGGGCUCAGCUAGAGAAUUUCGUGACAGAGGACGACGACACCGGGUGGGCACAUGCCGAUGACCCACCAGCAGAGGACGAAGGCGCAGAGGCUGCCGCGGAGUCCAAAGAGCUGGAAGUGAAUCUGGGCGGGUCGAUGGAUUCCCUCAAAAUACGGGACCCGGCAGAAUCGGCCGAGGUACGUCGGCCGUCAGCGGUGUCCGAGCUUUCGUCCCACGGGGAACGAGAUCUCGGGACGGGUGAAACGAAUUACCAGUACUUCACGUACGAGGACUACGAGCGGGAGGCGGCAACAAUGGUGCCACAGGCCUCCUUGCCGCUCAGCAAGGUGCGGUAUCACAUUUUUAUGGACCUCAGCGCGGAUGAGCUCGCCGAGGAGAUCACGCGCAUCGACUGGGUCAUGUUCAGCAGCGUGCGGAUCCGCGAUUGGGUGCGGCACGUCAGCUUGUCGUCGGCGGAGAAGGAAAAGUGCCGGUCUCUCAAGAACGCCAACCGGCUGAUCUCGCACUUCAACCACGUGGCCAAGUGGGUGCAGAACAUGAUCCUGAUCCGCGACAAGGCGAAGCACCGGGCGCCAUGUCUCGAGAAGUUUAUGAUCAUUGCGCACAAGCUGCGGAAGCUGAACAACUACAACGGGCUGGGCGCAAUCGUCGCGGGCCUCCAGAAUGCCAACAUCGCGCGCCUGCGUGCCACGAUGGCCGGGGUCCGCCCUGAGGUCUGGAAGCAGUAUCAGAGCGCCGAGAAACUCAUGCUGCAGGCCAAGUCGUCGUUUGCGUACCGCCUUGCGUGGGAGAACAGCCCACUGCCGCGCAUACCAUACAUGGCGCUGCACCGUAAAGACCUGACGGCUGCGGAGGAAGGAAACAAGACGUUCGUGGGGCCGAAUGGCGAUCGGAUCAACUGGAAGAAGUUCGAGAUCCUAGGCGAGAUCUUGCUACCCAUCAUGAAAAGUCAGGGGGCGCCGUACGUCGAGGUGAGCAGGCAACACCAGGCAUGUAGGGAUCUGGUACUGGAUUGUCGGAUGGAGCUGGAUGAAGAUGCACUCUACCAGCGAAGCAAAGCCGUCGAGCCUGGACCGGGGGCCGCGACCAGCAGCACGUCGGAUUUAAAGAAGAAAACGCUGGGUUUCCUGAAGGGCGGCUGAACGGUCAUAUAAACUGUAAAAAGGUAAAACGAACGACAGAGACAAACAGACAGCAAGGACUGUCUAACGUAUUUGCGGCAGAUUAAUUACAGAGCGAUUUUAUUAUCAUUGGACUGACUUGGGCAUGGCACCACGUCAACCCUUUCAUUUCUUUCAUUUUCUUUCUUGUUUUAAACCUUGAAUAUAGAGAUAUGAAGGGUUUACCCAAAUUACAUCGUGGCCUUUGUUUUGCCCUCUCCCAGUCUGACUUUUUCCAAGGCCGGUUAGCCAUGUUGCUAAAACUCUGUCUGGGUCCAGACCAGCUCAUUUGUAUGCCUAGUCGGCGAAUAUGUGAAGUAAACACGCUUGGAGGUGCGUUCUCAUUGG